AACAUGGCCUAACUGAAAUUUCCCCUUUUCUCUCAAAUUCAAAUCCCUAAUUUUGAGCUCAGGUCAUAUGUCGAUUCCGUCGUCAAUCACGCCGCCGGUGACCGCCGUCGACGGAGGAUCCAUCUUCACGGCGCAAAUGCCGCCGGCUCCGUCGGCGGCGGCGGCGUACGCUUCGCCGUCGUCGUCGAUUAUUAUUGUUAUCAUAAUCAUCGCUUCCGCAGUCAUCGUCUCCGCCUCGAUUUAUCUCCUGAUACGGUUCCUCUCGCGGCGGCUCCGCGGCUUCUCCGCCUCCGCGGCGGCGGACGACGUCAUCCUCCGCGGCGGCGAGACGUACGAUCUGCAGAAUAGGUGCGAAUCGGAGCUUCUCGACGCGCUGCCGCUCUUCACAUUCCGCUCCGUCACCGGAAACCUCAACGGAGGCGACUGCGCCGUCUGCCUCUCCAAGUUCGAGCCGCACGAUCAGCUCCGGCUGCUGCCGCUCUGCUGCCACGCCUUCCACGCCGCCUGUAUCGACACGUGGAUCGCCGCCAAUCAGACAUGUCCGCUCUGCCGCUCCGCCGUCUUCCCCGCCGAUUCCGACGCGCUGGACAAAAUCCUCGCCGCCGAUAACCGCGGCAGCGCUGGCGGAGGAGGUGGAGGCGCCAACAACAACAGAAACAGCGGAAGCUUCCGGAUUGAGAUCGGAAGUAUCAGCCGCCGCCGAGGCGGCGGCGCCGGUGGUGAGGCGGCGGAAGGAGAGCGGCGCUCGUACUCCGUCGGCUCUUUCGACUACAUUUUAGACGACAGCGGCUACGAAGUUCCAGUAGGAUCGAUAACCGCUCAUCGGAGAGAGAUCUCCGAUUCGACGGACAAGGAAUCGUCGAUCGGAAUUCCGAUUCCGGAGCCGCCGGGGGAGUUUCUGGCGUCGGAGGUUUCCGGCGGCCGGAAUUGGCUGAGAGAUUACGUAGAUAGGCUAGCGUCGGUCUCCAUUUCUUCACGAGCAAUGUCGUUCCGGAGCUCGGGGAGGUUCUUCUCCGGUAGCAGCCGCCGGACUGAACCCGCCGCCGACGACGUGGAGGCCAACCGCGCCGGAGAAGAAAUCAGCGAGUUGUUCCGGUGGCUUUCCGGAAUUUGACCUGUAAAUUCUGUCUAUUUCCAGGGGUAAAUCGGUAAUUUCAGACCACAAUUUUUUUCCUUC